GUGUACAAAACACAAACCCUCCAGAGUCCAGAGUUGUGGUCGAACAACAGUAAUUUGUGCUCUCUGCACUAAACCUUUGGCGUUUCUGAUUCGAUAUCAUCCGAUCAAUCAGCGAAGAUGAACGAUACCGAUGUGUCGAAGCAGAUCCAGCAGAUGGUCAGAUUCAUCCGCCAGGAAGCGGAGGAGAAGGCAAAUGAGAUCUCGGUCUCCGCUGAGGAGGAAUUCAACAUCGAGAAGUUGCAGCUGGUAGAGGCAGAGAAGAAAAAGAUCAGGCAAGAGUACGAGCGUAAACAGAAACAAGUAGAAGUUCGAAAGAAGAUCGAGUACUCAAUGCAGCUCAAUGCUUCCCGGAUCAAGGUACUUCAAGCUCAAGAUGAUGUGGUCAAUUCCAUGAAAGAUGCAGCAGCAAAGGACCUCCUACAAGUUAGCCAUGAUCAUCAUGGUUACAAAAGGCUUUUGAAAGAUCUUAUUGUUCAGAGCAUGUUGAGGCUGAAAGAGCCUGCUGUCUUAUUGCGUUGCCGGAAAGAAGAUCUGCAUUUGGUGGAGUCUGUGCUGAAAUCAGCAAGAGAGGAGUACGCAGAGAAAGCAAAUGUUCACUCACCAGAGAUAUUAGUUGACACCAAUGUCUAUCUUCCGCCUGCUCCCUCCCAUCACAAUUUGCAUGGCCUGCAUUGCUCUGGAGGAGUUGUGUUGGCUUCUCGAGAUGGGAAGAUUGUUUUUGAGAACACACUUGAUGCGCGCUUGGACGUUGUAUUUGGUAAAAAGCUACCAGAGAUCCGAAAAUGGAUGUUUGGUCAGGUCAUUGCAUAAUGGGUUCGAUUGUUUUGCUGGCUUCGGAUGAUUUGAAGUACGAACGAUGAAUAUUGGUCAAACCAAGCAGCAUAUUGUCUACAUAGUUUAUGUAUUUCAGAUUCUUUUCUUGUUUGCUGAGGAUUUAAUUUUCUGAAAUUACAGAAGUUAUUUGCUUGUUCCUCAUGGUAUUUGGGGAAGGUUGAGGUACUCGUGUUUAUUUUUUGAAGGUACUCGUAUUUAUUAGUGAAGAAUAAAAUAAGAGACGUUUAUCUUGAUUGCUA